AUGGCGACGGCUUGUACAUCCACACCAGCAAAUCAAUGGACUUGGGUGUGGCCUUGUUCGUUCUUGGCAUCGGCUGGAUCACACUAUCAUUCUUCAUUGGGAGAAUUCGAUCGUCGAAGCAGCAGCUCCCUCCUCUUCCCCGUUUUUGGAGCGCUCUUCUCCCUCAAGGAGCCACUCCACCACCACUUUGCAAAGAUCAGCAAGAAGUAUGGGCCGAUUGUCUACCUCAAGAUUGGAAUGGCCCCGGUCGUGGUGGUGAACGACAACAAAAUGGCUGCACAGGUUCUUAAGGCCCAUGGCCUCGAGUUUGCAAGCCGGAGGAAAAACGAGUUCUUCCGGAUCGUCAGUCACGACUGGAACGAUCUCAUCUUGGCCCCCGUCGGUGAUAAGUGGAAGAUUAUGAGGAGAAUUUGCAGCACACACUUGUUUAACAACAGUAUGCUCAAGGCAAGCUCAGGAUUCCGGGAGUCGGAGAUGAAGCAUACAGUCAAGUCCAUUAUUCAGCAGUCCAGGGCAGCGAUCCAGCUGCAAGAGCACUCGACCCCUGGAUCUUUAUGGAGUCUACAAGAAACUCAACUCAGAGCUCAUGCCUCGCCUGAAGCUCUUGCUGGAAGAUCAAUCGACAAGCAUCGACGCAGGAAAGAUCAAGCUGGGGAAGGGUUCGUCCCUCGAGACUUCACUGACGUUCUUAUAUCUCUCGAGGACAAGGAUAAGUUGCCAGACAUCUCCAUUUUGGCACUGCUCUCGGUACGUUUUGCCAGCUUCUAG